UAAAUUUAAAAUGUCAAUUUAUAGUGGCUUCGCGACAAGGAACCAAGAAGAUUUCUAUAAUAGGCUAGUCGAAAAAUUAAUCUCCAUGAUGUCUGAGAAAAUAGUGGCUAAUUUUAAUGGACAAUCUCUCCCUGACGAAAUCUCAUGGAGUAAGAAAAUUACAAAAAUACAUAAAACACUUGCCUAUAUGGAGCAAAACAAAUAUUUGGAACCUAGAUAUAGCUAUUGCUUCGAUGAUCUGACUGCUUUACUAAAGAGCUCAGGCAAUAUUAGCGAUUCUACAAGGAUGAGUAGGAUCUCCGGAGUUGAUAAAAUCCAAGUGAAGAGGAAAUAACUUUAAGUCCUUGCCACUCUCUCCAAAAAGCCAUACAACUAAAGGUAUAAGGAAAAAUAGCACACAGAAGGCUGAAUUGAAAUUCUUGGCUAGCUCUGAGAUGGCUUCAACCCCAAAUAUAGACAAUACUUCAAUCACUGAAGAGGAAAAGAGGAGGGUAACCAGCACAAAGAGAAGACGAAUGCCUACACUUGCUGCCGAAUUUAAAUAAUCACAGUAAGGUAAGGAGAAAUCACAACAAUUCUCAAGUUCCAAAAGAUGUAGGAUUGGAGUCGAACAAAAAGGAGACUGGGAAGAACAACCGUUAUUGGCCGCAUCAAGCAAUGACUAGUUUGAGUAAUAAAAAUGCGUAUUGUACUCCUGCUGAUACAAUCAAAAUAAGGUUUAAGGCAAAUAAAACAAGUCUAAAGUCUAUUUCAGGAAAUACUUCACUACACAAUGCAAGUCUGACAUUAAAAGAUGUGAAGUUAGGUAAAAUAAUGAUGAAUGGACGAAUAAAACCAGUAAAGCUAAGGCAUCAUCUACGAGUAGCUAGGUAAGGAGGCCUCAACAUCAGUGUAAAUUAUUUAAUAUUUUGCGUUCA